UAGAUGAAUGCAGGACACGUAGUGCCCCAUUAAUAGCCGAACGCAGCUGCAGCAGUGUUACAUUAUGAACGAAUGGGAUUUUCGGUCAUUCCUGGGGAAGGAUUUCUUGUCUCGUAGCUCACUAACCGUUAUCUAUUUUUAAAACAGCUGCUCCUAACGGGACGUUUUACACGGCAAUUACAUACCUCUUGUGAACCACGGCAUGUAGUCUGUCCAGGAUGCCUUGAGGAUGAACACUUGCUCUUCAUUGAUUGGCCGCAAAGAUAAAGACUGAUCGCCUGGCAUUUCUGCCUACUCUGCAGUCGACGCGGUUCGUCGAUUCUUCCAUAAAUAGGACCUGCCAGAAGAGGAGAGAGGUGUCUUUGAUGUCCUGGCUUACUCGGACAGUUCCACUCAAAACGUCGAGAUGAGGAUUCUUGACCUCCUGGUGCUUCUGCCGUGUCUUCUGAUGGCGGAACUCUCCUUCAACCUGACUACACAUCCAACGCCAUUGUUUUCGCAUGACGUCACAAGGAAGCCAACCCCAUUAUUGAUCGCCAAACUUCUUGCUACUACCGAAUCAUCUGAACAAGAGCGACAAUCGUUAAAAGGGGUGCAUCUCAGAGCAGUGACAAUUGAGGAGGAGCCAUAUGUUAUGGUCAACAGACUGGGUGGCAAGGCCAAGUUCACAGGUUUUGUCAUCGAUAUCAUCACAGCUUUGGCGGCAGAGCUUGACUUCACCUUUGACCUGUACUUGGUCCCCGAUGGCACGUACGGAUCACUGAACGCUAAUAAAUCGUGGGGAGGGCUUAUCGGUGAGGUCAUGCGAAAGCACGCUGAUGUCGCAGUGGCACCGGUAACGAUCAGCUCCGCCAGGGAACAAGUCGUCGAUUUUACCAACCCCUUUAUGGAUCUCGGAGCCGGGCUGCUCAUCCGGAAACCUGAACCAAAAGGAACUUCUCUUUUCGCCUUCCUGCUGCCGUUCAACAGUAGAGUGUGGUUCUCCAUACUGGGAGCGUUAAUUGGGACUGCCAUUCUACUGUACAUCACAAGUAGGAUCAGAUACAAGUGUAACGUGGGUGACCCGAAUUACGACAAUGAUGUCAAGUUCAACAUGAAGAACAGUCUGUGGCUGACGUACUGGUCUAUAGUCAGAAAAGGUGGAGAGCCUGCGCCCCGCUCCCUCCCCUCCCGUAUCCUGGCCGGUGCCUGGUGGUUCUUCACCCUGAUCGUCAUCUCCACCUAUACUGCCAACCUCACAGCCUUCCUCACCGUCAAGCGGCUCGUCACGCCCAUCAAGUCCAUCGACGACCUGUCGAGCCAAACCAACAUACGGUACAGCGCCACGUAUGGUACCUUCUUGUACGACUUCUUCAAGGGACAAGUAGGUACUGGGUCCAUAUACGAACGGAUGUGGUACAACAUGAAGAUGGAGAACCACAAGCAUGUCAGCAAGUUCCCGAACAGCAGUAAGCAGGGGCUGGAAUGGGUGCGCCAGGGAGGUUACGUACUUAUCGAGGAAACACCUUUUCUUGAGUACGCCGUGAGAACUGACGACAAUUGCGACUUAAUGUUGCUCGGAAAGCCGUUUCUUUUCAAAGGAUAUGGAUUUGCAACAAGAAGAUUAAGCUGGCUGAAAAAGCCAUUAUCUGUUGGCAUUUUGAAGCUUCAAGAAACUGGAAAGAUGGAUGAAUUACGAAACAGAUGGUGGCCCAAAGAUGGCUGUCCGCUGGAUGGAGAAGCGGCUGAUGUGAACACCGCUUCUGCUUUAGGGAUAGACAUAUUUCUGGGCGUGUUUUAUGUCCUGGGGGGAGCUGCAUUACUGGCUGUACUGGUGACUGUGGUCCAGAUCAUCUACGUUAAGCUGUGCAAGUCCAAGCCUCAGCCUGAAGAAAACGACAAGAAGAAGGAAGUUCAUUUCGCUCCAGUGAAAAACAGCAUGCUUCGGCGUCAAACAACUGAACUGAAUCUGCACUGACAGCAAGAGGGCAUGAGCGUCUGCCUUGACGGUUUUUCUUCAUUACGAAAGAUCUUAGCAUAGAUAAGUCAUAAGCGACUUUAAAAAUAAGUUGAUACUUCCAGCAGCCCAUUGCUAGCACAUUGAUGUUUAUAAAGGAUCGGAAGGAGGAGUAUUUUUCUUGCCUGAAUGUUUCGUUCAUCGUUGUACUUUUUAAGAGAUAUAAAACAUUUGCCAUUUGCCGUUUAAUAUGAAGUGAAACAUGUCGUGUUUAGAGAC